UAUAUCCAGUUUUCAGUUAAUUUCACGAAAAAAACAGAAAUUCGCCAACCAAUUGCUUUCAAACAAGGGUUCAAUAAAUAAAUAGAAUACUUUAAAAUGGAUUUGGACCAAAAACAAUCUUGUAAUGACUUCACUAUGGAGACGAGUUCAAGUUCCCAAAUUAAUUUCCCAUGCGACAGUCCAUGCAAUGUUGGCAAAACUGGUCCAUGUAAGACUGCUCAAAAGGACAAAUCGGAUGAAUUUGAAAAUCCAUGCAUGCAUAUAUUUUCCACCUCAUCAUCAUCUUCGUCCAAUACUAUUAUUAGUCAAUAUUUCGAUUCUGAAUGUCACAAACGCGAUUACACACGCAAAGAGCCACCAAAUAUUGACUACGAGUUGAAUGUGGCUAAAGCUAUUAUGCAACAAUACAGCAGCAUCAGUGGUGACAACCUAUUUGACCACUUGUCGGAUAUUAUCAAGCGAGUUAUCGAUGAGCGUCCACCAAAUGUAAUCGAUUUCUUCGAAGAGUUCAGUCGCAAUGUACGUGAACAGAAGCUGCAUAUGCCUGAGCGAUUUCCACCGGAUGCAGUUUUUGAAGAGUCCCGCAACUAUCGGGUGGCCAAAAAGUUUCUUUUGUCCAUGAAGUUGCCCAUGUCGGAGUCGAACGAGUUGCAAGCAGCUGAUGAAGCAAUCGCUUUAGAAGAGUCCAAAUCUACAAUCAUAGAUUUAAAACUUGAUAUAUUAGACUUGAGUCGUUUCAUCACGUUCAACGAGCGUGUGCAACAUUUACAAUUCUUUUGGAAUCAAUGCGGUUUCGGCAUCAACCCCGAUGACAUUUUUCAACUCGCCUGCUCCAUGGAUCGCCUACAAAUGCAUCCCUCCAUUAUGCAAUGUCGCUUUUGGGGCAUGAUAAAUGGCCUUAAAGCAUCUUAUUAUAUUGUAGAGGCAUCGCUUUCCCACGAAGAAGUACUUUCACGUGUCGAUCAAAUGACAGAAGAGCUACAAGAAAAACACAAGGCAAUGAUAUCACGCUUGGUAUCGCCGGAAAAGCCAACACCAACUUUUAUCGGUGCUGAGUUAACACCAGGCAAGCUGGGUUGGGACGACCAUCCAGUUGAAGAAGUGGCAAAAAUGUUGCCAAAUGCCGCGCCAAUACCAAUGGUCGAAGUGAAAGAAGUGUUCGAUGUCCCGCCUGAACUAGUCGGUGAGGGCGCUAACCGGUAUUCAUAUUUUGUAGUGAACUCCGUUUCGGAUGACUGGAUUGAGUUACCGAUGGUUACGCCUGGUCAAAUUAAAGCCUGCCGCGAUAUAAAAAAGUUUCUUACCGGCGAUCUUGAAGCCGAUAUUCAAUCGUACCCAUGCUUUUCGGGCAAGGAAAAGCAUUAUUUGCGCGCGCUUAUCGCUCGAAUCACAGCGGGCACAUACAUUGCUCCAUAUGGUUACUAUAGGAAAAUGACUAAGAAGGAGAAGCGCGCCUUUGAUGGAAUUGAAGAUGAUGAUGAGGAAGAAGAAGAUGAUGAUGAACCAAGUGAUAUGGGUGAGGGCGAGGAAGAGGAGAUUGAUAACGAUAUAAUGUUGUUGAAGAAUGAAAAAUAUGAACCGGAGCCGCUGGAAUCUUUGGCAAAUCUGGAAAAAUGGUUGCAUGUACGUCCGAAUUUAUUGCUGCAAGGGCGUGUAGUUUGGUAUGACGAGCUAAAGGCACAGAAAGCGCGCGAGAAGGAAGUGGCACGUCUGAGGAAACUGUUACGUAUGGAGGAAAUGGGCGAAGAGGAGGAAGAAUUAGAACAGGAGGAAGAGGAAGAAGAAGAGGAUGAGGGCGAAGAAUUGUCCGCACCAGAAAUAGGACCACCAAUACUUAAUCCCUGCUACAACGACAUAAGCGAUCAGUACACCAUGCCUUGGGUAUCGCGUUUCACCAGUAAAUUCACCAAUAGAAAUGAACGCAUACUUGUCAUGCAAUCGAACAUUUGGCCGGGUGCCUAUACGUUUACCUAUGACAAGUUAUGCGAAUCGAUAUAUGUCGGCUGGGGUCAUAAGUACGUGUCGCGUAAUUUACCAUUCAUUCACUUGCCACCAAUUUUGAAUGAAUAUCCGCAUGGCGGUGAGGACUUUAUCGAAACAACCGAUCCCACACCGGAAAUGGAGGAGGCCUAUCGUCUGAGUUUGAUAAAGAAACAAAAGCCAGUAGACAAUGGUGAACAAUUGGAUGAAUAUGAAGAUGAAUAUUCAGCUGACACAAAUAUCGGUGAUGUUGAAAAAGAAUGAUUUAUUGAAAUAU